AUGUCCAAACCCUCAAUCGGAUUCGUCGGCCUCGGAGCCAUGGGCUUCGGCAUGGCUACCCACCUCGUGAAAGAAGGCUACCCAGUCCACGGCUUCGACGUCUUCCCCGCCUCCGUCGACCGUUUCGCAGCCGCAGGCGGAAUCCCCACAUCCUCACUGGAGGAAUCAGCCCGUGACAAGGCCUUCUACGUGUGCAUGGUCGCUUCCGCACCACAGGUGCAAAGCGUCCUAUUCGGCGAGGGGGGCAUAGUACCCGCCCUCCCACUCAAUGCAACCCUCCUCCUCUGCUCCACCGUCCCAGCAACAUACGCCCUCUCCGUAGCAUCCGAACUAGCCACCUCACGCCCCGACAUCAAAUUCAUCGACGCCCCCGUCUCAGGGGGCGCCUUGCGCGCCGCAUCAGGAACCCUCUCAAUCAUGGCAGGAGCCUCUGACGAAGCCCUCUCGCAAGGCCAAUUCCUACUCCAGGAAAUGUCCGAUGCGAACAAGCUAUAUCUUGUUCCUGGGGGCGUGGGCGCAGGAAGUAAUAUGAAGAUGGUGCAUCAGGUUCUGGCGGGAAUUCAUAUUCUAGGCGCUAGUGAGGCGAUGGGAUUCGCGGCGCGGUUGGGGUUGGGUGCUGUGCGGACUGCGGAGAUGAUUAAGGGGUCUGGGGCUUGGACGUGGAUGCAUGAGAAUCGGUUGCAGAGGAUGUUGGAGGAGGAUUGGAAUCCUGGGGCUAGUGCUUUGACUAUUAUUUUGAAGGAUGUUGGCAUUAUUACUACUUCUGCGAGGCAAAGUCAGUUCCCGACUCCGUUGGCUUCGACGGCUGAGCAGGUUUAUCUCUCUGCUUUGUUGCAGGGGUAUGGGGCUGUGGAUGAUUCGUCUAUGGUGCGUCAGUAUUUCGGUGAGCCGAUUAUGAAGGUGGAGGGCUCCGAGUCCGAAGAGGAUUUGCAGCUCGUGCUGGAUCUCAUGGAAAUUACGAAUCUGGUUGCUGCGGCUGAGGCGAUUGCUUUCGCGCGCUAUCUCAAUGUCGAUCUGAAGCAGUUCUUUACCCUUGUGAGUGAUGCGGCUGGUGCAAGUCGGCAGUUCAUGACAAAGGGGUUGGAGAUGAUCGAGGGGCAGAUCGGGGGAUCGGAGACGCUCGAUGCGGCUGCGGCGCGUUUGGAAAAAGCUGUGCAGAAGGCCCGGGAUUUGCAUUGUCCUUUGCAUUUGGGAAAUGCUGCUUUGGGCGUGUUGUAUCUGGCUAAGAAAUCUGGGCUUGGGGGUGAAGGGAGUGCUAGUGUGGUGAAGACUUUUGGAAAUUAG